AUGCUUUUCCCAUCAGUGGUCUUGGCCUUUUGCCUCCUAUGGACCGUCGCGUCCGCCAGAACACCCCCUACUGUUUAUCUUAUUCGCCAUGGCGAGAAACCAGCCGAUAAAGAAGACCACCGACUCACCCAUAAGGGAAAAGAACGAGCGCAAUGUCUGCGAACGGUCUUCGGUGCAGAGUCCGAAUAUGAUAUUGGGUACAUCAUUGCGCCAACGGUGAAGAAGCACGGCAAACACGGCAGACCAUUCGAAACAGUCCGUCCACUCGCGAAAGACCUCGGCCUCAAAAUUGACACUCAUUGUUCGCGCAAAAGUGGCGCGUGCGUAGCUGACGCGAUCUGGUCCUACGAUGGGCCCCGGAAUAUCUUGAUCUCUUGGCGACACGGGACGCUCUCCGAUAUUCAGUGGUUUUUGGGCUCGGAAUAUCCACUUGAGUAUCCCUAUGAUCGAUAUGAUUUGAUCUGGACUAUCCCUUACCCGUAUGAUGUCAUUACGGAGGUUAGAUCUGAAAACUGUUCUGGCAUAGAUAUUCCUAGUCCCGGGCUUGUGAUGCAGAAUUAA